AUGAAUUAUUCAAUUUUGAAGCAAACUUUUUCUAAUAGUAUUGAAUCAGAAGAAAGCAAACUCAGUCUCAUCUACCUGGUAACUUCAAACUCAUUAGGGAUAUCGUUAGACGAUCUCAUUACCCUCUUUCCACGAUGCUGUCAGAAUUUUAUUGCUGAAAAAAUUGUGACUGAAUCUUUAGCCUAUAAACAAUUUCUUUCACACUUUAUCACCGAAGACUCUGAAGGAUAGAAAGUCUAUGUUUUGGGGAGGGAUAAAUUCCUGUUCGAUUAUUUAUAUAAGACCAAUACUAGUUAUCUAUUCUCUAAAGCAUACAAAUAUUUACUGCAAAACACAAUUGAAAUUCAACAUUUAGAUUCCUUUGAUAGAACCUUAAACCCACUGAUAAUAUAUGAGAAGCAGCAUUAGAAGGAUACUUCGAACCCUUUGCAUUUUCAAUUAUAUCGUAUUUCAAACAUUGAACUAUUAUUGAGAGAAGGCUUGAAAAAAUAUUUAUUUACAUUUACUCAAAACAAAGAAGAAUGCUACAGUCUAAUUUAACAAGAGAAGUACUAUGAGACCACUAAAAUAAAUUUCUCAAAUUUCGAAAUAGACUAAUUCCAUAUUGAGCUUAGUAAUAUUCUAGCUAAUUUUUAAACAAGUCUAAAUCAAAAUUUCUCAUCUAUUUACUAAUUCCUUAAGUUUCUAUUAGGAUGUAGGAUCAUUUACUAAUUGAAUAAACAACAUUUGAGAAAUAUCUCAGUGAAAUUGAUUUGUCAAUCAUUUUGCAAGUAGUUCUUUGAUCAUUACUUAUUCAUAUAUACAGAAUUUCAUGAAUACAUGAUUAAGUUUAUUCAAAUGGAAUGUGAUUCACUCACUUCUGGUAUUUUGACUAAUAGUUUACCCAAUCUCAGCAUCACAAUAAGCGCCUAUUGUUAAUUUUAUAGGAUUAAUAAGAAAAUAUUGAAUUUUGAUUACAAAAAGCAUAUAAAAAUAGGAGAUUUUUUAGAUUUCUAUUUUAUGUUCGAUUUGCUUUAUUUGCAAUUCUCUUAGGUCUCAUCAAUCGAAGAGUAUGCUGUGAUUGUCGAUUACUAUAGAUUGAAUCUAAAGAAUCCCUAUCCAAAUGUGCUGGUGAGAGAAAUCUUAUAAAAUAUAGCCACAUCUAUUGAUGAAUGUCAGAAACCCAAGAAUCUGGACCCAUUUGACUUUAUUUCAUAUGAUGUUUCUCCCUCAAGGUUGAUGACUAAAUUGCAAACAUUUCUCGUGGAGAGACACCUUUAUUUGAACAAUUACGAAUGGCAAUUCUUCCUGUUCGAAACUUUUAGUGAUAUCAAGGCCAAUAAGAAUCUGCUGAAUGAUGAACAGUUUGUGUAAAAGAAGAUCAAAUACAUACAAGAGAAUUACGAAGAUACGAAGAAAAUUAAUCAGGUUGAGCACAUUUUUAUUAACCUUCUUCCUCUUACAUCAUAAAAAUCAUUAUCUGAUUAUAUUUUGCUUGUGUUGACUAUCUUAGAUCAUUCCCUUUUUAUUAAAUUAUUUAGUUUGAUAGUUUAUAAAUAUUAUGCUCACUCGUAACAUACAAAUAUGAAAGUGCUUGAAGACUUAUAAAAGUUCUUAUGCAUUCCUGAGUAUAAUUAUUUAUUGAUUGGAAUUAUUAAGCUUAUUAAUUAAUGGAAAAAUGAAAUCAAAAACUCCAAGGAUUAAUUUCAUAUUGCAUUGGACUCGGUCAAAUGGAAAUACAGGUAAAUUGGAUUAGUGUUUUUUCGAUGUGGAAGUUUUAUCGAAUCUGUAUAUUAUUUAGAAAAAUACUUAGCCAAGAAAAAUCUACUCUUUAAAUUUGAUUUAAAAAAACUAUCGCAUAAAUAAUAAGAGAAGCUGCAUAACACUAUAUUAUAUAUUAAUAUGGCCAAGAGCCAUUUAAAUAGUUCUAUUCCCCCUGAAUAAAUAUAUUCAAGAUUAAACUUUAAUUUCCCCUUCAAUCCGGAUUCAUUGCUUGAAGUCGGUAAUAAUUGGUACAAGGAAUAGAAUGUUGCAAUGAAGAUGAGAUAAAAGUAAGUACCUUUGGAUGUAUAAUUAUACAAUUUCCGAGAACUUAACUCAAAAGGACAAUAUUUGAAUAUAUUGGACCCUUCUAGACUAGAUAAAAUAGUUAUUUCAUUAAUUUCUGACAUUUCAAGGUAUGUGUCCUAGGACAUGAGUAAGGAGUAAAUCAAUUAGAGCAUUAAAUAUGUAAAAUUAUCCAUAGCUUUGUCUCUCAAAUCAACAAGUUUAUCAAAAAUUAUAUGUUAGAAUAUCAUACAGACCUCGUAUAUAAUAAAGAGACUUGAAAAUUAUUGGGAAGGUAUAUAAGGUAAAGAAAUAAGAAUUACAUUUGUGAAAAGAUUUUCGUAAUAAUACUGGAUGUAUUUGAACACUUUGGUGAAGAGAAGUUCAAAAUAGUACAAAAUAAUCAAUUAUAGAGAGUAAUAUGCUAAACACCUAAUGAAGAUAGACAAAUAUGAGGAAGCACUUGCGAUUUGUAAGAAAAAACAAAAUCUAAUUUAAUGUCGUAUAUAUGAAAGGAUGGGAUACUAUUAUAAGGCGAUUAGUUUAACAGGGAUCGAUCCUUUUACUUAUUCGUAAAAUAAGGGAUUCUUUAUCACGGACAUAUAGAAUUGUUCAUAAAAGAUAAAAUUCUUGCGAUACUUAAUAAAGGAUCAAUUAUUUCACAGAGAAAGAGUAUUGCAAACUUACAGUGACAUUUGGAGUUCAAAACACUUACCUCCUUUGUCAAGAUAUUUUGAGAACAAGAAGAAAUUCAGCAAAUUUUGUUAUCAUUAUGCUUAAGAAUUGGAAUAGGAGUAUAAGUGUAAAUGCGAUAGUUAAAACCAAUAAAAUUGUUUGAAGUUAAUGGAUUUAUUUUUGAGUAGUGUAAGUGCAGGAGAUAAAUAUGUCUAAUAAUCAUUUCCAAAGAUAUUUCGACUUUGGUUUAUGCAUAAAUCAAAAGAUUAAUUUGCUUAAAAAUUUGAUUCAUAUUUGAAUACAAUAAGUUGUGUAAAGUUGCAAUAUUGUUUGGAAUUAUUGAUAACGGGAGUGGAGACAUUUAAAAAUGAUCGUACGUCUAGUAGGAGUCUAGCUCAAGCUUUGUCAAUAUUGGCAAGCAAUUAUCCAAGCCAGAUGAUAUGGUGGUUGGCUCCUUUGAAGAAUUUCAAUUAAACUUCUUAGCACAAAAUAUUGAUGUAUCAGGAAGUGUUGAAAUUGAUUCCUGAGAAGAGAGAGAAAUUUGAAGAGUUGGAGAAACAAUUUAAUGUGAUUUUAAGAAUCUGUUAAUAGAAAUCAAAGAUAAAUUAAUAAUAAGGUUGGGCAGUGGAGAAUGUUAGUUCAUAAUUACUAAGUGAAUACAAUAAAACUAGGGAGAAGAUCAUAUAUCCUGGAAUUGAAAAUUUAUCAUAACCAUUUAAAUCGGAGGAUAAUUUGGUAAAGAUUCUGUAGAUAUAUCCCUAAAUGAAAAUAGCUCCUUCAAAAGAUAAGCCAAAGAAGAUAUAAGUUGAAUGUAGUGAUUCAAGCAUAAAAUAUUUAUUGUUAAAGAAUGAGGUUCAGGAUUCCAAGAGCAGUGGAGACACAAGGAGAGAAUAGAGAAUAAUUUUGAUGCUGCAAUUUUUUAAUACUUUAUUAGAGCCUCUCUAAUUAAAGUAUCCUUUGUUUGCAUCAAUGAGUUUGAAUCAACUAAGUUAAGUCAUCGAAUGGGUGACUCAAACGACUACAUGUCGUGAAGCUAUAGGAGUAUCAACGGUUGGUGCUAAGAAUAGACAAAUCUAUAAUUAGACAGAAUGGAAAUAAUUAAAUGAGUAGGAACCAAAACUAAACAAUUACUUCUUUUCACAAUACUAAGAUCCUUAUAUAUGGUAUGAUGCAUAAUAGGGAUUUAUAAAAUCUAUGGCUUUAUGGUCAGCUUUUCAAUAUUUGAUUGGAUUCGGUGAUAGACAUUGUGAUAAUAUUCUGAUUCAUGAAAGUGGAGAGUUGAUUCAUAUAGAUUACGAAUGCGUGUUUCAUAAGGGUAAGUUCCUGCCAGUGCCUGAGAUUGUCGAUUUUCGAUUAACAAAGAAUCUCAGAUAUGGAAUGGGUUAUUUGAGAGAGUAAGGUCAAUUUAGACAAAUAUUGGAAUAAAUUAUAGAAAUGUUUCAAAAACACAAGGAUAUUAUAUUUGCAUUUCUUGACCCAUACAUAUAUGACCCUUUAUUGUGUAGAACCUCGUCAGAUGUAAUAGAAUUGAUAAAGUAUAAAUUGAACAACCAAAUAAAUGUAUAGAACUUGAUUGAACGAAAUUGUGACUCAGAGAUUCUUAGAUAAAUGUAUUAUGGAUGGGCACCUUAUUAAUGA